GAUUAAUGAAGUGACAUUAGCUGCUGUCAGAUCUUCGUAAAUCUAUUGUGAUCAAUGUGAUUAAAAUUUAAAAUUAUGUCAUCACUUUUCAUUGUUUUGAUCGAUUUGUGUUUGUUUGAGUGAUUACCUAAGUAUAUUUGAGUUUUUUAUUACAAUGUCGGAAAGAAAACGUAGUCCGAACUGGUAUAUGUCAGAAAAGAUGUUGCUAGUGGAGCUGGUAAAUGAUCAUUAUGACAUAGUUGAAAGUAAACGCACCGAUACCGCUUCAAUGAAACAAAAAAACGCAGGGUGGGUUAAAAUUUCGGAAGAAUAUAAUUCGCAAACCAAUUUAGUCCAUCGAACAGCUGAAAAUUUGAAAUCUCAGUGGGAGGUCUUGAAAAAAUUCACCAAAAGGACUAUCCGGCUGAGUAUGACACAAACAGAGGAUGGACCUGCAAAACCUGAAUGUAGCGACCCAUUGUUUAACAGAAUUAUGGCCAUGGUAUCGCCAGAGGGAUUUGAACAUGUCAAUGUAAAUGACACGGACACCAACAUGGCCACUACAUCAACAGAGGAAUUUGAACAUGUUAAUGUAGAUGACACGGACGCAAAAGUCGUCAACAAUAAGAUUAUUCUAGAAGAGAAACAAGAUUUACAAAGAAAAAAAAUUAAAGAAAUUGAAAUGCAAAUGAGAUUUAGUACUGAGGAAAGAGAAGAAGCAAGAAAAAUGUUUGAUAUCAAUUUUAAAAUUAAGCAAGAGAUAUUAAAACAAGAGAGAAUAAAAACAAGUUUGUUGCUAAAACGAAUGCGAUUAGCUAAAUUUAGAAGAAAAUAAAAACAUCAUAUAAAAUAUAGGGAAGCGCUUGAACACAAUUUCGCCUGAUGGAAUGCUAAGAUGUGGUCUAAGAUGGUACGCGCUUCCAUAAAUCCCUAGUAGGUACUGGUUCACUCUUCACUUGAGGUCCUCCAUAUUGUACUCAUUGGGGAACACAGAUUCAGGAAGUGCAUUCCAGUCUCUUGUGGUUCGAAUGAAGAAUGUGGAAUCGAACCGCUUAUUCCGGGUAGAUGGAAUAUCCAUAUAUAUGGCGAUGUCUAGAAUCUGAACUUAAAAAAACUCUUUUAACUUAUUUUGUUCAUAUCCAUAAAAUAGAGAUAUUGAUGGGUAUUUUGCAGUGUUUAAAUAAAUACUACAAAGUCGAAAUAACAGUAACAUGAACAUUAUAAUAGCCAAUAACUGCGCCAAAAGCACGCAGCACAUGCGCACGUGAGCAUUGGUUGAUAACAUCAUAAUAUUAUCUAUACUAUCUAUACUAAUAUUAUAAAGCUAAAGAGUUUGUUUGUUUGUUUGAACGCGCUGAUCUCGGGAACUUUGGUUUUCGGUCCGAUUUGAAAAAUUCUUUCGUUGUUUGAUAGCCCAUUUAUCGAGGAAGGCUUAUAGGCUAUAAUUAAUUCUUAUAAUUAUAUCAUCAUGCUAAAACCAACAGGAGUGGAGCAAUGCGGGUGAAACCGCGGAGAACAGCUUGCAAUGUAUAAAACUAAUUUUGAGUGACAAUACUCCUGACUCAUAUUAAUUAUUGUAACUAAUCAUUCUACGUUCAUUUUGUGAAUUAAGUAAUAAUAAUUGUAUGCUAUGUAGUUUUUAAUUUUUUGUUAGUUAAAACAUGAAUGUUCUAUAAUUUUGAUCUUAAUAUCUUUGUAUGCCGUAGGUACACAUAUUUUUAUGCAAUAAACGAUUUCUUUA